AUGUACAAGGAAGGGAAGGCGCAGAGGAAUUCGGAAGGAAUAAUCACGAAGGCAGCUUCUUUCCAGUCCCAAGAUGUCCCAGACGCUCGAAUCGAGCCGAAUCGAAAGUGGUUCACAAAUACUCGUGUUGUGUCGCAGGACACACUCAAGGCAUUCCGUGAUGCUAUGGCAGACAAGGCAAAUGAUCCAUAUCAGGUCCUCCUAAAAUCAAACAAGCUUCCCAUGAGCCUCAUCCGAGAUGGUCAAGACACCAAGGGGAUCAAGCAACAUAAGGCUAAAGUGGCGGUGGAAACAUCACCUUUUGCAGAGGUAUUCGGGCCAAAGGCGCAGCGCAAACGGGUCAAGCUUAACGUUAGCAGUCUCACAGAUCUCGCUGGAGAUACUGAGAAGAGUAUGGACACCUACGAAGAUCGCUUAGAGCAAGCUAGGCUGCUGAGCGGGAUAUCAGGCCAGCAUGAAGAGGAGCGACAGGUGACGAUGGCAAUUGAGCCCGUCUUCGACAAAGGCCAGAGCAAACGAAUCUGGAAUGAGCUGUACAAGGUCAUCGAUUCCUCCGACGUUGUCAUUCACGUCCUUGAUGCUCGUGACCCUGUGGGAACCCGUUGCCACAGCAUCGAGAAGUAUCUCAAGGAAGAGGCGCCACACAAGCAUUUGAUUUUCGUAUUGAACAAGUGUGAUCUUGUUCCUACCAGCGUCGCUGCCUCCUGGGUUCGAAGUCUAUCUAGGGAAUACCCUACAUUAGCCUUCCAUGCCAGCAUCAACAACUCAUUCGGCAAAGGGUCCCUUAUUCAGUUGUUGAGACAGUUUUCCUCCUUGCACGCAGACAGGAAACAAAUUUCGGUUGGACUAAUUGGAGGUCCGAACACCGGCAAAUCGUCCAUUAUUAAUACGCUUUUGAAAAAGAAAGUCUGCGCAGUAGCCCCAAUUCCCGGGGAGACCAAAGUUUGGCAAUACGUAAGCCUGAUGAAGAGAAUUUACCUUAUUGAUUGCCCAGGUGUGGUGCCCCCGUCUAGUACCGAUACUCCCACCGACCUCGUUCUACGUGGUGUUGUUCGGGUCGAGAAGGUAGAGCAUCCAGAGCAAUACAUCUCUGCUGUCCUGAACAAGGUGAAGCGCCAUCAUAUGGAGAAAACUUAUGAUCUUAAGGGCUGGGCCAACGCAGUUGAACUUCUUGAGCUCCUGGCAAGGAAAAGUGGCCGUCUUCUUCGCGGAGGGGAACCCGAUCUAGAUGGCGUUGCCAAAAUGGUGUUGAACGAUUUUAUGAGGGGCAAAAUUCCUUGGUUCACACCUGCCCCAUCUACAAACACUGAUGACGAUGGCGUCAUCGGCCGUGACGGGCGGCUCGGCGAGAUGACCAAGAAGCGAGGCUUAGAAGAGGCCGGUGAUGCUUCCAACUCUGUUUCCGCGGGAAUGACUGCUGAUCAGCUAGGAAAUGGGAGGGGUUACGACAGUGAAGAGAUCUUCGAAGGAUUCAGCAGCGACCACGAUGCUCCGUCAGCUACGGACCUGAACGAUGGUUCGUCUGUUAAAUCGCCUGGUGCUAGUACAUUGAUAAGCAAACGACGCAGAAAAACCUGA